AUGGCAACAUCCACAUUCUGUCUCUUCAUCUACAUCUUUGCACCGUCACAAUCACUGAAACUUGUCGGAAAAUAUUGUGAUCUACAAACUGGCGACUUAACAAAACUGUGUUACGUGAAAGAAACCUUAGCUGUAUUAACGCACAGUCCAAAUCAGCUUGCGGUGGACAAAACAUCGAACACCCUAUAUUUCAGCUUCGAUUUUGGCCAAGGAGAAUACGUACCAGCAAUUCUGAGGAUCAAAACCAAAAAUCUGACUGUAUUGCAAGGGCCUAAAGAUGCUUUUGCGAUAGCCGUCAACGAUACCUCUGGAGAGGUGUAUUUCGGCGGGAGUCAUGGUGUGUACAAAUACAACUCGUUUUUGAAAAGUUUAAAAAUACUUGCUGUGAACAAUUUAGAUAUAUGGUGGCUUCAUGUUAAGAAUCAAAUGUUGUAUUUUAUAAGGUUCCCUUCUCUACAGGCUUUUUGUUAUCACAACAGAACACUCAAACCUGUGGAACGUUUGCUAUCAUUGAGUGUUCAACAAUUUAUCGUGGAUGAUCAUGAUAAUAUUUUCUUUAUUAACAGUACUGGGUUAUAUGGUGUUAAAAAUGAUUCUAAAACUAUCAUUUCGCUUAAGAAUGAUGUUAAAUUUAUUGGCAUGGCCAUAGAUAACAAAGGCGAUGUGUUUGCAAGUGCAGAAGAUGGCAUUUAUAUAGUGAACAGAAUUAUAACUAAAGUCAAGAGAGUGGUUAAUAUUCCAGGGGUACUUGGGUUGACAUUUGAUAAGAAUAAUUAUCUCAUUUACUCAGACUCGCAUGAGAUCAAUCGCCUUGUGACAGUGUCUGCGGAAAAUUAUCAUGAUAUUUCUAAUUCUAUAAAGUAA